AUGGCUUCAGGUAACACUAUUAAUUCUUAUCCACUUAUCAACGGUCACAGUCACACUUCGAGCUCCUUACAGCCAUCCUCACCAGCAUUUCCAAGUUCGCAAGGUGACACUCAAACCCCAAGAAUUCCAAUGUCACAUUCGCCUUCUGUUCGUAAAAAAGGCGUUAAUGACUUUGAAUUCGGUAAAACGCUUGGAGAGGGCUCUUAUUCUACUGUUGUAUUCGCGAUAGACCGUUCUUCAAGGCGUGAAUAUGCAGUAAAAAUCCUUGAAAAAAAGCAUAUUAUAAAAGAGAAAAAAGUUAAAUAUGUUAACAUUGAGAAAAAUACUCUCAAUAAAAUGAAUCAUCCUGGAAUUGUUCGCCUUUAUUAUACUUUUCAAGAUCAAAAUAGUUUAUAUUUCGUUUUGGAUCAUGCUAAAAAUGGCGAACUACUUACCUUCAUAAAGAAG